AUGCUCGACCUCGCGACGUCCCUGCUCGGCGCCGACGAGGACAGACUCGCGGAGCUCGUGGCGGACAACUUCGACGCCCUGGACGCCCCGACGAUGGAGAAGCUCCAGGGCGGGGACGCCGACGCCGCGGACCGCGUCUUCGGUGCGAUCAACGCGGAGACGGAGCGGCGCAUGGCCGCGGCGAAGGACAAGCUCGAGGAGAUUUUGGACGCGGGCGAGUUGCUGGAGAUGGACCGGCGGCUCAUGAGCCUCUUCAAGCGCGGCGGCGCCGACGUGCCCUUCCUCAUGUGCCUCAACGCCAACGCCAACGCCGCGGACGAGGGCUCCGACAAGCGCAUGGUCCUCGAGCAUCUCUACACGCGAGCGCAGGAGGAGCUCGAGAAGAAGGCGGACCCGGCCAAGGCCGUGCUCCACAAGCUCAACCGCACGCCGGACAAGGCCAUCCGCGACAACGUGCUCCACCACUACCUCGCGCCCCAGACGGAGCUCAUCACGCCGGACGCGACGGUCAUCCCGCUCGACAAGCCGAUCCCGCCGCGCGUGACGCCCGAGGCCUUCGCCGGCGCCAUCGACGACACGGUCGCCCAGCUCCGCGGCCUCGACGCCGACGGCGACCUCAUCCGCGCGAACAUCGAGCAGUGCCGCCAGAUCGCCAUCGAGGCGCGCGGCAUCCUCGUCAACACGGGCACGCCCGAGCAGUACGACGGCGGCGUCGGCGCCGCGCUCGGCAACCUCGACAUGGACACGCCGGCGAAGGCGAAGCGCGCGAAGCCGCCGCCGGGCCCGCCGCCCCGCGGCCAGGCGAAGAAGUACGCCGCGCCGCUGGCCCCGGCGAACGGCGCGGGCCUGCAGACGCCCAAAUUUCAGGCGUUCUUCUCCGACCUCGCGGCGAAGGACGGCAACGCCGCCGUCGCGGCCCGGGAGCGCGCGGAGCGCGCGGCCGCGCGCGACGCCAAGGCCAGGGCCAAGGCGGAGAAGGUCGCCGCGGCGCGCGCGCGCGAGGCCAACCAAAGGGCCGCGCGCGAGUCGCGGCGCGCCUCCGCGUCCGCGCCGGCGGAGGAGGCGAAGCGCGAGCCCGAGCCCGAGCCCGAGCCCGAGCCCGAGCCGGAGGCACCGCCGGACGCGAAGGCGGAACCCGAGAAGGAGCCGCCGACGGCCGCGAAGGCGGCGGAGGCGCCGAAGAAGAAGGGUCGCUGGUCCUUCUUCGGCAAGGCGGCGACGCCCCAAGAGGCGGCGCCCGCGGCGGCGGAGGACGACGCGGCCUCGUCGCGCUUCUCGAGCGACGAGGAAGCGAGGCUCCGCGCGCGGCUCGUCGUCGCGCGGCCGCGGAACUCGCCCGAGGCCGAGCGCGCGCUCUUCGCGAGCGCCACGGCGGGCUGCCCGGACGCGGACGAGCCCGAGGAGGCCAUCCGCCACCUGAGCGCGGUGCUCCGGCGCGACGCCGACGUCGGCGGCUCGCCCGCGGCGUGGUUCGCGGUCCACGCGCGGCUCGGCGCGAGCUUCGACGCGCUCGCGCGCCUGGGGCGGAGCCGGGACAAGGGCGCGGCCUACCGCAGCGCGCUCUACCACUACGAGCAGGCGCUCGUCGGCGUGCAGCGCGCGGGCGCGUCGCCGCUCGACGACGCGCGCGGCGCCGUCGAGCUCGCGGCGGCGCGGGCCUGCGGCGCGCUCGCGGCGUCCAUGGAGAGGGCCGGCGCGCCGCUCAAGCAGCGCGCCGCCAUCGCGGGCAAGGACGUCGAGCUCUGCGAGCUCGCGAUCCUGCACGCGACCGCGGACGCCGCGCGGACGGCGGCGCUCGAGGCGCUCGGCGCCGCGCGGCUCCGCGAGUGCGAGGUCGCCUGCGCGGCGCCGUCGGCGGCGCCGGUGCUGGCCGCGGGGCGGCUGCCGGAGGGCGCCCUCGCGUCCCUCGACGCGGCCGUCGCCGCCCUCGGCGAGGCCUGCCGCGAUCCCGCGCGGUCGAGCGCCGAGAGCCUCGCGCGGCUCGGCGACGCGCUCGCGGCGCUCGCCGUCGCCAUCCGGCCCGAGGGCGCGCCCUUCGACGCCAAGCAGCUGGCGCUCGCGGCCGAGGCGCUCGCGCGGAGCGACGGCGGCCUCGGCGUCGGCGACCGCGACGGCGACCGCCGCGCCGCGACGAGGCUCGAGGCGGCGCGGGCGACCGCGAAGCUCCUCGGCUUCACGCAGCGAGACACGACCUACGGCGGCGGCGCGCGGGCCCACGCGGAGCGCGUCGCCGAGCUCGCGGCGUCGACGGCGCGGUGCGCGUCGGAGGCGCCCCACCUUACGCUCGUCGGGCUCCCCGCGGUCGACGGCCCGUGCCUGGAAGCCCGGGGCUGGCUCGCGACGCGGCCCGUCGACCGGCGGAAGGCGCGCGAGGCGCUCGAGGCCGCGCGGGAGACCCUGGCGAAGCGCGCGCUCGGCGCCGCGGCGCGCGCCAAAGCGAAGAAGCGCAAGGGCGGCGCGCGCGACGACGCGACGCUCUGGCGCGAGGUCCACCGGGCCAUCGCCGAGCUCGCGACGCAGGACGGCGACGACGCCGCGGCGAGGGCGGCGCUCGAGGUCGCCGCGGGCUGCGCCGACGGCGCGAGCCGCGACGUCGCCGCGAGGACGCCCGACGCGGCCGCGGCGGUGCAUCGGGACCUCGCGCGCGCGCGCCACGCCUGCGGCGACUUCCGCGGCGCCGCCGAGGCCGCGGCGCUGAGCUGCACGGCCGCCGCGCGCGUCGCGGCGCUGGCGGCCGUCGGCGACGCCGAGGCGCGCGACGCCGCGUGCGCCGCGGCGGCGGCCGUCGCCGCGGCCGCGCGCGACGCGGGCGUCCGGGCGCUCAUGGCGGCCCUGCGCCGCGAGUACGCCACGGAGCUGGCGCACUGCGGCGCCUGGCUGCCGCUCCGGGGCAACGGCGACGCCGGCGCGCUGCUCCGGCUCUUCGACGCGCCGCGCGCGUGUCGCCGCGCAGCGGCGUACGCGCCGGCGCUCGCGGCCCUGGAGGCGCGGGGCCACGCGCCGGCGCGCGUCGCGAAGGCCCUCGAGGCGGCGCGGCGGGCGCUGCGGGCCGCGGACGCGGCGCGGCGCGCGCCUCUCGAGGCCGCGGAGCGCGCGACGGACGCGCCGCGCGCGCCUUCGCUCCGGAGCCCCGGCGACGUCGCGGCGGCGAAGGGCUUCUCGCGCCUCGCGGUCUUGGAGGGCGGCGCGUCCAUCCUCCGCGACGCGCCGUCGGCGCUCUUCGCGGACCCCGACCUGUCCGCCGCGACGGCCGCCGUCGAGGCCGUGCCGGAGAGCGACUCCGCGGUCUGCGACCUCGGCCUCCGGGUCUGCGAUGACGACGCGCUCGUCCAGGCGAAGGCGACGCUCGCCGGCGACGGCGACGCGCUCGUCGCCUUCUUUGCCGCCGGCGAGUCGCUCGUCGGCGUCGCACUGGGCCACGGCGGCGCCGCGGCGCGCGUCUUCUUCGCGCCCUGGGCUUCGGAGACGCGCGCGAAGAUGGGCAAGUACGCCGAGGCCGCGCGGCGCACGCGGGGCCCCAAGGCCGACGCCGCCGCGGCGCACCUCGCCGCGUUCUUCGCCGUCGACGCGCUCGUCGCGGGGUUCGGCGACCGCGCGACCGAUCUGGCGGUCGUCGCGGAGGACGACGUGCUCCGCGUGCCCUUCCACGCCCUGCCGCUCCGCGCGGGCCGCGUUUUGGACCGCGUCUCCGUGCGCUACGGCCCGUCCCUGGCGGUCCUGGCGGCGCUGGAGCGGCGCGCGGCGCGGCGGCGGGACCUGAACGACUUCGGCGGCGCCGCGCCGUUGCUGGCCGUCGUCGCGGAUCGCGCGAGCGGCGCGACGGCGGCGGCCUGGGCCGCGCCCGUGGCGACCGUGGACGGGUCGCUCGUGCCCGUGCUCGCCCUCGCGGACGACGAGCGCCUCCGAGGGUCGGAGGACGCGGCGCAGGAUCUCCACGACGCGACGGCGGUGUACUGGGAGUCCUUCGCAUCCGACGGCGCCGCGCUCCACGACGGCGACGUGCGCGUCGACGCGUCGGCGCUCCUGGCCGCGCGGCCCCUGCUGCCCCGCUGCGCGCUCGCGGUCGUGCUCCGCCGCGCGGGCGACGCGGCGGCCGGCGGCCCGGGCCUCCACGAGGCCCUGGCCUGCGGCGGCGCGGACACGUGCGUGUUGCCCGACGCCGCGAAGCCGCCGCUGGCCGGCGACGGCGCGGCCGCGGCGCUGCUGCGGCGGCUCUGGAUGCUGGCCUUCGCGCGCGCGCUGCGGGUCCGGAGCCGCGACGCGACGCGCCGCGCGGCCGCGGCCGCCGCGGGCGACGCGUCCGUCUGGCUCCGCGACGCGACGGUGACCACGGCCGCGGCGCUCCUCGACGCCGCGCCCCUCGACCCAACCGAUCGGCGCGACGCCAAACAGGCGCUCGCGACGUGCUUCCCGCCGCGGCCCGGCGACGAACGGGCCGCGCGGCCGCUCGCGCCGGACUUAGCCGACUGGGCCAAUGUGGCGACGUUCGGCGCGGGCUACGGCGUGCCCGGCGCGGGCUGGAAGCACGCCGACGACGGCGCCGACACGGACGACGACGACAGCGACGCCGACUCCGUGGGCGGCGACGACCGCGGCGCCGCGGACGACCUCCGGCGCCGCUGGGAGGACUUCGCGGCGACGCGCGAGGGCCGGCGCCUCGUGCAGCGCCUCGGCCCGGAGAAGGCGCUGCGGACCUGGACGCGCCAGCGGCUGCGGCGCCGCGCGUCGUCCGCGGCGCGCGGCGCCGCGGCGACGGCGACGGGCUCGGCCAAGGCCCUCAAGGCCAAGGCGCGCGACUCGCUCCGGGACGCGGGCGCCGACGAGGCCGCGGCCAAGGUCAAGAAGUCCGUCGAGCGGGCGGGGCACGCCGCGCGGGAGGCCGUCGAGGCGGGCGCGAAGGAGGCCGCGGGCCAGGCGGCCGCGGCGAAGAACGACGUCGAGAGGGCCCUCCAGGACGCCAAGGCGAAGCGCGGCGCGGCGAAGGCGUUCAAGGCGCGGCUGAAGGAGAGCGACGCCGGGACCCAGGACCAGCGGUCGUCCGGGGCCUGCGUCGUGUCGUAA